AUGAGCCGGAGAAAUGGUGGUGGCAGGGGUCCGACGCUUGACUUGAAACUGAAUCUUUCUCCUCCGAGAGCUCAUAGACCGAUGACAGAAUCACCAAACAGGUCAACGGGGACUAUGUCUCCUACAAGCUCUUGUUUGUCAUCUGAGUUCGUUCAAGAUGAGGCGGGCCUCCGCUACUCAACCAGUCCAGAGGCAACAUCUAUGAUGUUGGUCGGGUGCCCUCGGUGUCUUAUGUAUAUUAUGCUUUCUGAGGAUUACCCGAAGUGCCCUAAAUGCAAGAGCACUGUUUUGCUUGACGUUGUUCAUAACAACGUAAAUAAAACAAAAAAAUAG